AUGGACGGUUCCUUAGGAUCCAUUAGACUCCUUUUCCUUGGCUUGCUCAUUAUUGCAAGUAUUCAUCCCAACUUCUUCUGCAGCGGAGAUUAUGAGGUUCAUUGCAUCGAAAGCGAGCGACAUGCCCUUCUCAAGUUCAAGCAACAUCUUAAAGAUCCCUUAAACCGGCUCGCCUCCUGGGCUGGUGAUGGGGAUUGUUGUCAAUGGGCGGGUGUUGUCUGCCACAAUGUUACUGCUCAUGUCCAUGAACUCCAUCUCAGAAGCUUUCCUCCUUCGCGUGAUUUUCUAACUGAUGAGGGCCAACACGAAGUACAAUAUGAAGCUUACGUGCAGUCAAUGUUUGGUGGUAAGAUAAAUCCUUCUCUGCUUGAUUUGAAGCAUUUAAAUUACUUGGACCUGAGCAACAAUGAUUUCAGUGGUACUCAAAUUCCCAAAUUCCUCGGCUCAAUGGGGAGUUUAAGAUAUCUUAAUCUCUCUAAUACGAGAUUUGAGGGUGUGAUACCUCAUCAACUAGGAAAUCUCUCAUAUUUAUGCUAUCUCGAUCUUCAAGGUUAUGGUUUAUAUGCCAAUAACCUUCAAUGGCUUUCUGGUCUUCCUUCACUACAGCAUCUUGAUAUGAGUCAUGUAAAUCUUAGAAAAGCCUCUGAUUGGUUACAAGUGACAAGCAAACUCAUGUCCUUGUUAGAGUUAAGGUUGUCGGAUUGCGAACUUCGUUUCAUUCCAUCCACACCCAAUGGUAACUUUUCAUUUCUUGUCUCCCUUGAUCUUUCAGGGAACUUUUUUGAGAACACUUUUAUUCCAUUAUGGAUCUUCAGUCUUCCAAAUCUAGUUUCUUUUGAUCUAUCUGACAAUGGCUUUCAAGGUCCAAUCCCUGAUGAACUCCAAAACAUGACCUCUCUUAAACACCUCCAUCUAUCGGGGAACCAUUUCAACCAUCCAAUUCCCAUUUGGUUGUAUAGUUUUAGUCAUCUUAAGUUUCUUGACCUUCACUCCAAUAAUUUGCAAGGUACAAUCUCUAGUGCCAUUGAAAACCUAACAUCUGCUAUUAGUAUUGAUUUUUCAUACAAUGAACUAGGAGGAAAGGUACCAAGAUCGUUGGGUAAUCUUUGUAACUUAAGGGAAAUCAAAUUGUCAUCCAACAAAUGGAGUCAAAAGAUAUCUGAAAUCUUAGAAAGUUUAUCAGGGUGUCUUUCCGAGAAACUAGAGAUCUUAGAAUUGACUGAUGCUCAACUUCCUGGUCAUUUGACAGGUGAACUUGGGAUGUUUAAAAAUCUAGUCAAACUUACUUUUGUGUAUAAUUCAAUUUCAGGACCAAUUCCAAUGUCUCUAGGAAAUCUCUCAUCUUUAAAAUUCCUAGAUCUUUCAAAUAAUCAAUUCAAUGGAAUUCUCCAUCAAAACUUUUGGCAAUUGAAAAAUCUAGUCAAAGUUACAUUUUCGAAGAAUUCAAUUUCAGGUCCAAUUCCAGUGCCUUCAGGGAACCUUUCAUCUUUGACAUUCUUGGAUUUUUCACAUAAUCAAUUCAAUGGAACUCUCCACCAAAAUUUUGGGCAAUUUAAAAAUCUUGUCAGACUUUCUAUUUGGAAUAAUUCAGUUUCGGGUCCAAUUCCAGUUUCUUUAGGGAAUCUUUCAUCUUUGAGAGUUCUGGAUCUUGCAAAUAAUCAAUUCAAAGGAUCUCUCCCUCAAAAUUUUGGACAACUUUCUAAACUAGAGACUUUAUUUAUUGAAUCAAAUAUGUUGGAAGGUGUUGUGUCCGAAGUUCAUUUUUCCAAUUUGACAAGAUUGACUGAACUUUUUGCAUUUGGAAACCGACUGACUUUAAAAGUAAGUCAUGAUUGGAUUCCUCCUUUUCAGCUUGAGAAAUUAAACUUGCAAUCAUGGAAUUUAGGGCCAAAAUUUCCUCAAUGGCUUUGUUCACAAAGAUAUCUUCUUCAUUUGGACAUAUCCAACACAGGAGUUUUAGAUGUGGUUCCUCUUUCAUUUUGGGACUCAUCUUCUCAGUUUGAAUAUCUAAAUCUUGCAAACAAUCUAUUCCAUGGAGAGAUUCCAAAUUGUCCCAUGAUUUUGUCUACUUCUUCAGUGAUUGAUUUCAGUUCAAACCACUUCAACGGUCCAUUACCUUGUGUAUCCUCUAAUGUGAUUGUGCUAGAUCUUUCUAACAAUUCAUUUUCUGGAUCUAUUUCACACCUUUUGUGUUUCAAGGUGAAUGAGUCCAAACAAUUAGGAUUUCUCAAUCUUGAAAAAAAUCACUUAUCAGGAAAAAUACCUGAUUGUUGGACGAAGUGGAAGAAGUUAGAGUUCUUAAAUUUGGGGAACAACAAUUUUACUAGUAGCAUUCCAGCAUCCAUUGGAUCCUUGGCUCUUCUAAAGUCUUUGCGCCUACACAACAACAAACUCUCAGGAAAAUUACAAUCAUCUUUGAAAAAUUGUGAAAAGUUGGAGUAUAUUGAUGUUGCUGAAAAUGAGUUUUUUGGAAGCAUACCUUCAUGGAUAGGACAUAAAUGUUCAAGCUUGAUGAUUCUCAACCUUCGCUCAAAUAAUUUCCAUGGUCACAUACCAGAAGAACUUUGUGCUCUAACUUCACUCCAGAUUUUGGACCUGUCACAUAAUAAGCUAUCUGGAAGCAUGCCUACAUGUGUUAAAAAUUUCAGUGCUAUGGCCACAAAAAAUAGUUCAAAUCAUGACAUGAGUUUUCGCUUCACAUCUUCUUAUGAUGACAUUCUCCCUCGUGAAAGUGCAUUGCUUGUGAUAAAGGGAAGACUUUUUGAGUAUAGCACCAUUCUCCAGCAAGUCAAAAGUAUAGAUAUUUCUAGUAAUUGUUUAUCAGGAGAGAUCCCCAAAGAAGUGACCAAUCUCCAAGGAUUACAAUCACUGAAUCUAUCAAAUAAUCUCUUAAUUGGAAGAAUUCCAGAGAGUAUAGGUAAUAUGGGAUCAUUGGAAUCAAUCGAUUUCUCCACAAACCAACUUUCUGGUCAAAUUCCCUCAAGCAUAUCAAGUUUGACAUUUUUAAAUCAUUUGAACUUGUCAAACAACAAUUUGAUAGGGAAAAUUCCUUUAAGCACUCAACUACAAACCUUCAAUGCAUCCAGUUUUAUUGGAAACAAACUUUGUGGACCACCACUUACUAAUAAUUGUACUAUAAGUGGUGUUCAACCCAACAAUGGAUACAUAGGGGUUAAAGAUAGGGGUGGACUUGUAGUAGAUUGGUUCUAUGUGAGCCCGUUACUCGGUUUUGUGGUUGGGUUUUGGGUUGUAUGUGGUCCUUUACUAUACAAAAAGCAAUGGAGAAUGAUGUACUUCCAAUUUCUGGAUCAGAUGUGGUACAAGCUCAAGGAUGUUGUUUCAUUGAGAUGAACUUUAUGCAAUCUUCUGUAGGAAGUGGAUUAUUCAGACAAUGACACAAUAAAACAUUAAAGAAUGUAAAUUCCAUUUAUGUUUUCCCAC